CUUUACUAAACAACUUUUUGUUGCAACAAAAAAUGAAAAUAUGCGAAAAUCCAUCUAAAGCAAAGCACAAAACAAAUCAAAAAAAAGAACGAGUGUAAAAAGUAUUAAAACAUGCGGUUGUGAUUUACUUUGGAGUAUAUAAAGUUGUCUGUUGAAACCAGCAGACAACAGCCUUCAAUAUCAACGGGUGUGUGUGUGUUUGUAUGUGACUUUGAGUGUGUGUAUUGUGUGUAUAUAAACAAAGUGCGAACGCGGGAACCGCUUCCAAAUUUUUUUCGCUAACUGCCUAAACUUGGACAACAACAUAAAAAAUGUCCAAUGUGCGCUGCAUAAAUUUUUGGGAUUUGUGCCGCAUCUGCACUGCGAGCAGUGAACAGAAAAUAAAUAUCUACUCGACCGAUGGACGCGCCAAAAAUUUAAGCCAGAAAAUCUCAGAAUGUCUGCCAGUGCAAAUAGACGAAAAGGAUCGUCUGCCCAAGGUGGUAUGCGCCCAUUGCGCCCAGCAAGUGGAUCAAAUAUACGAAAUGCGCAAUAUCUCAAGAAACUCGCAAACCAUACUCAACAACUGGCUGAACCAUCGGACGCUACAGAGCGAGGAAAAAGUGUUCAUUAAGGAUGCCAUCAAUGACUCGGGUAAAAGUCUCAGCGUGCUAGGCACAACAGCGUCUAGCGGGCUUGUCACAAGCAACACCAAUCAACAGCCCAACGAUCUGAUUAGCAGCAUCAUGCAGGCAGUUGGCAUGCAGGUCCAGCAGCAGCAACAACAACAACAACAACAACAACAACAGCCCCAACAACAACAGCAAUAUACAAUUACUGUCGAUAGUCAUGUCCAGUCGCAGCCGCUGCAGCACUCACAUUCCCAGUCGGAUAUCAAAUCCGAAAAGCAAAACACUUUGGAAGAGUUUAUCCGCCUAAAACCGGACAUCAAAAUUACGCCGCUGGGAAAAAAGGACGACGUGCAUAGCACACAGAGCAGUAGCACCAUAUCUAAUAUAAAACAACAACAGCAGCAGCAGCAACAACAGCAGCAACAGCCACAGCAAUCUGUACAGCUACAGGCACAAGCGAUAACAGCGAUGCCUGCGCCUGCUGCUCAACUGCAGUUACAACCGCAGCAGAUUAACGACAUUAAUGUACUGUUGCAGCAACAAGCGCUUUGGCAGCAGAUUCAACAGCUACAGGCGCAAUCGCAGUUGACCAGUGGAGGCGAUGAUUCCACGGAUAGCAAAAAACCGAAAUUAAAUUUUGUACUAUCGUCACCAGCUACAGCUCCACAAUUUUCUGGAAGUUUACCACAGUUUAGCAACGUGGGUGGGACACAACCACAAAUUCAGUUGCAACUGUUGCCAGGCGGUGCUAGUUCUGGCAACAACAGCUCAACGGCCAACAUUACAGCAGCCCAGCCCGCCCAGCAACUCAAUGCAGCUGCUCUGCUAUCUCUGGCUGGCACUCAGCUAGUUGGCGGUAAUGGAGCUGCUAAUAUGCUCUCACCGAACAAAUGCUUCUUGCCAAUAACCAUACGUGAUGAGAACUCGGACCAGCAGAUUGUGGCGCACAUCGACACAAAGAAUCUGGUGCUACCCACUACAUAUCAAGUGCAAAUGAAGCUUCAGCCUCAAUUGGCCACCGCGGAUGGUCAACCCAUCAUGCAGUUGACGCCAACUUCCAUUCCAGCCACAUUGCAGUUGACGCCACAGACUUUGGGUACUGCAACGACCUUUCAAUCAGCGUCAACAACACAUCAUCAAAAUCAGUUCCUUGUCUCACAGCCGCAACAUCAGCAACAUCAACAUCAUCAACAACAACAACAACAGCAGCAACAACAACAACAACAACAACAACAACAACAUUCACAACAGCAACAUCAUUCACAACAGCAACAGCAUUCACAGCAACAACAACAAUCGCGUCAGCAUCAACAACAACAACAGCAGCAACAGCAACAACUAGCUCCUGCUACAGCACAAGUAACUUCACAGCAAAUCAUUAGAUCUCCCCAUGGAAAUGCAACCAAUUCACAGGUAGUGAUACGGAAUGUGAGCUCUGAGCAAAGCAACACUCUGAACAAUAGUGCUGAAUCGUCGGUAACCUUUAAGAUGCCUUCGCCACGACAGUUACAACAGCAGCCUCAACAACAGCAGAUUAAAUAUAAGGCCACAUCGUCCAGUGCUUCGUUAGUUGCAGUUCCUUCUGCUGUGUCUUCUAGCAAUACAAUCCAGACAGAGUUUAAGCGUGUGUCGCAGGUAAAACAGCCGACACCUCAAGCAGGCCAGAACAAUGUGUCUGCCUUGCAGCGGCUUUCGUCCAAUACAACUAUCACUAAGCUCCCCAAACAACAACAUCCCGUGGCGAGCCACAAAAUGCCGCUGAUAAACAAACAAAAUAUAACUAUUAGUCGCAUAUCCACACAGCCAGCCGCAAAGCCAGAGUCAAAGCCAACAGUAACAGCACAGGCUCAAGCACAGAUACAACUCGCCAAAUCAGAGCCAGCACCGCCACCACCAGCUCUGGCGCUGCAACAGCUGCCUCAACCACCAGUCACAAAUAUUCUUACCCAACGAAAAAUCAAUCGAAAGCCGCCCGAGCACAUGGAGAAUCAAAAAACAAAAACCUCUCGACCUCAGCAACAAAUUCUGCCCGUGCCUGCACAACAAACAACGACACAAUCGCAGGCGCAACCUCAACAGCAGCAGUUGGCCAACAGUUCGAUCACUGAGACGCCCGCAGCGACACCCAUGAAUGCACUUACCUGUCCCACCUGCCGACGCGAGUUCAAGAAGAAGGAGCAUCUUACACAACAUGUCAAGCUUCACGAGGGACUACGUCCGUUUAAAUGCACUGAAGAAGGCUGCGACAAGGCCUUCAGUCGGAAAGAGCAUUUGUCCCGUCAUCUGGUCUCCCAUUCUGGCCAGAAGAUGUUUACUUGCGAGGAAUGCAAGAAGCCAUUCUCGCGCAAGGAUAAUCUCAACAAGCAUAAGCGAACUCACAACGUACAGCCUGGCGAGACUCGACUGCACAGCUGUGACAUUUGCAAUAAAAACUUCGCAUCUAAGCAGCACUAUGAGAAGCAUCGCGAAAUGCACAAAAAGUCACGUGUGGGGAACGCAGCUUCAGCCACACAAGCACUCACAGGUGGUGCUAAGAAUCAGUAUGAAGUUAAGCAAGAAUCGUCAAGUGCACCACAAACGCAGCAGUCGCAAUCUCAAAUGCAAAUUCAACAGCAGCCGCAACAACAUCCACAAAUCAUGCAUGUAGAUUUGGAUGGAAAUACAAUUACAAUAACUCAGGCAUCCGAUUCCACCAUGCCAUCUCUGGCGAACUUUGUUCAGCUGGGAUUAUCGCAAUUCCACAAUGGCAGCGGGUCUUCAAACCAAAUUGUUUGCAAGCUUGAAAAGUAGAUACCGAUUUGGUUUAAUUAGCGUAGCUCGACUCCUUAUCUAGUCCAUGCGUUCUACUGCCAGUUUCCUUAACAGAACAACAAUUGUUGACGCAUUCCGAUUGUGUUUUAUAUUUAUAGUUUAUGUUGAUCCUUUAUCGAGUUUAGAUUACGUAAAAUCUUUUCAGUCUAUUUGUGC